CUAGAGCGUAGAGGAGUCCAUCAAGCAUUAUCAUUUACACACACUAGUAAUCACAUAGUUGAAGAACUUAGUAUAGCUAGCCACUUAGGCGAUCCAAUGGCGAGUCUAAGCUUCCUGUUUUGCGGAAUACUCUUGGUUGUAAAUGUUUUUCUUAAUCCAGUUGGUUGCCAUGCUCAGUCCGAGCAUGGAGAUGCAACACAUAAGGCCUUGUUUGUGUUUGGAGACUCAUUGUUUGAUCCCGGGAACAAUCAAUAUCUUAAAGACACCACAGAGGCUGUUGCAACUACCUGGCCUUACGGAGAAACUUACUUCAAACGCCCCACAGGAAGACUUUCUGAUGGCCGCAUAGUUCCUGAUUUGAUUGCCCAGUUUGCCAAUUUGCCCAUAAUCCCACCAUACCUGCAACCGGGAAGUCAUCAAUUCACUGAUGGGGCUAACUUUGCUUCUGCUGGAGCUGGUGUUCUCGAUGCAACUCAUCCUGGAACGAUAAAUCUGGAGUUGCAGCUUAGCUACUUUAAGGAUGUGCAGAAGUCACUGCAGAAGAAACUUGGUGAUGAAGAAGCCAAGAAGGUGUUGAUGAAUGCUGUUUACUUAUUUAGCAUUGGAGGCAAUGACUACUUCAGCUUUUCCUCUAUGAACCCCAAGGCUUCUCAGUCCUCCAAGGGUCAAUGUGUUAAAUCAGUCAUUGGCAACUUAACAUCUGUUCUCACAGAGGUGUAUCAUAUGGGGGGAAGGAAAAUUGCAUUCCAAAAUGCAGGGAAAUUGGGUUGCCUACCGAUGAUGAAAGCACUUGAUCCUACCCUUGGAAGUUCUUGUUCAGAUUCACCCUCAUCACAAGCAAGACUACACAACAGAUAUCUCGCAGUUGUUCUUAAGAAGAUGUCAACCCAAUUGCCAGGAUUCAAAUAUGCAAUAUUUGAUUACUACAAUGCAAUUGGUGACAGAGUUGCUUACCCUUCAAAAUAUGGAUUCAAAGAGGGGAAGGCUGCAUGCUGUGGCAGUGGAAAUUACAGAGGAAUGAAUUGCGGGAAAACAAUAAAUGGGACACAAUCUUUUGAGGUGUGCAGUGAUCCUAAAGAAUAUGUGUGGUUUGAUGGUGGACAUACUACAGAAAGUGCUAAUACCCAGCUAGCUCAGCUGCUCUGGAAUGGAGCGCCACCAGUCACAGGACCUUACAAUAUGAAACAGCUAUUUAGUCUAUGAUUAUUACAUCUAUCUAUGUAUUCAGAUUAUGCAGACUGCCUAGUUUAUUAUUAGAGCAUUGCUGCGGAUUCCAUUGAUGUUAUGUCGUAUACCUUUCCAUUGUUUCAAUAAAAUAUUACAUCUUAUAGAGUUA